UGGAGGCCGCCCGGGCCGCGCUCGGCGUGCGCGCCUUCGACCUGGCGCUCGUGUGCGUGGACGACGCGCGCAUGCGACGCCUCAACCGGCGCUACCGGGGCAGAGACUGCCCCACCGACGUGCUCGCCUUCCCGUUCCUCGAGGGCCUGUGCGCUGGCCAAGUCCCGAGCCCCGCGCGCGCCGAGGACCGGGAUCUGGGCACCGUGGUGCUGGGCGUGGAGUUCGUGCGAGGCCUGUGCGGCGAGGGCGACGACUACUACGGCGCCCUGACCCUGGACCGCCUGGCCACCGGCACCAGUGUCCACGCGAGUGCGGAGCGUUCCAGGCUGCUGGGCGUCCACCCCGCUCAAGGCCGCCUCCCCGGGCCCUGACCGGCCUGCGGUUGCU